AUGAAGAAAUACAAUCUCACAGUGAUGAACGAAUUCAUUUUGAUGGGCAUCACUGACCGUCCUGAGCUGCAGGCCCCAUUAUUUGGGCUGUUCCUUGUCAUAUACAUGACCUCAAUGGUGGGCAACUUAGGAAUCAUCAUCCUCACCACUGUGGACCCCAGGCUGCAAACCCCCAUGUACUUCUUUCUCAGACAUCUUGCUAUUACAGAUCUUGGUUAUGCCACAGCUGUUGGACCAAAAAUGCUGGUAAAUUUUGUUGUGGAUAAAAAUACAAUCUCUUAUACCUCUUGUGCUACACAGCUAGCUUUUUUUCUUGUAUUCAUUGGGAGUGAACUUUUUAUCCUGUCUGCGAUGUCCUAUGACCGCUAUGUGGCCAUCUGUAACCCUUUGCUUUACACAGUCAUCAUGUCACCAGGGUUAUGUCGGGCACUAGUGGCAAUGCCCUAUCUCUACUGCACAUUCGUGUCCCUCCUGGUCACAGUCAGCAUUUUCACUUCAUCCUUCUGUGGCCACAACGUGAUCAAUCAUUUCUACUGUGACUGCAUCCCGUUGAUAUCACUACUCUGCUCAAAUACGCAGAAAAUCUCAUUUAUUGUUAUGAUCUUUGCAGCUUUUGAUUUGAUUGUGUCUUUUCUGGUUGUUUUGGUUUCCUAUCUCCUCAUCCUCAUAGCCAUUCUCAGGAUGAACUCUGCUGAGGGCAGACGCAAGGCUAUCUCCACCUGUGGGUCCCACCUCACAGUGGUCACAGUCUUCCACAGGACUUUGAUAUUUAUGGACCUGCAGCCCAAGUCGAGCCAUUCCACCAACACUGAUAAGGUGUCUUCUAUCUUUUACACCCUGAUUAUCCCCAUGUUGAAUCCCUUGAUCUAUAGCUUGAGAAACAAAGAUGUAAAAUUUGCCCUACAAAGAUCAUGGGUAAAUAUUUGUAAUGUACUUUCUUAA